AUGGAGGUCCUUGAUUUGGACAAUAACAACUUCAGCGGCCCCAUACCAGCAGAGCUGGCAGCAGAGCUGGGACAACUGUCUAAGCUACGGCAACUGAGCCUCGCAGACAACAGGGUAGAUACCGACGCACACUCAUACCGACACACAGACAUCAAUGACUGAAUCCAUACAUAUGAUCUCCCUCUCCAUGGAUGUCUGUGUAGUUGUCGGGUCCCCUGCUGAUUGAAAUGGGUGGCUGGAAGUCCAUGGAGGUCCUUGGUCUGUACAAUAACAACUUCAGCGGCCCCAUACCAGCAGAGCUGGGACAACUGUCUAAGCUACAAGUUCUGAACCUCGGAAACAACAGGGUAGAUGGCAGGGAGGGGCCCGUGUGGGCGGAACUCAUCCCCGCCAUCAACCGCAGUGACAAACAGGUCCGUCAAGAACGCACCAUAGAGCAGAAAACCGAACGACAAUACGACGCCGAUCUCGUGUGUCUGCAUGUUGCUUUUCCUGGCGUCCAUCAGGACCUGCAUUGGUCAGACAUCAUCCAUAUCGUGCGGACCAAGAAGGCCGACCCCCGCCCACAUGUCGACCGCCCCUCACCCUCACCACCCCCACCCCCACCCCCAUCAGCACCGGAAGAACAGGCGGCAUCGCCCUCGUCUUUCGUGCAGGAGAUCGCCUCUAAGAUCGAGGGCGCAUUUGACAUGGUCGCGCAGUCGGUCCCCCCACCCCCGCAGCUGCCCACUCACAACGCCAUCACCGACCUCCCCAAUCGGGUACCCGACAGAGGGCAGCCGCAGACACGACCACUGACUUCCGGCCGCCCGUUGUCUGCCGAUGUGUCGCCAUCCAAGACACUAGAGUUCACUGUGGAGAUCGGCACGGACUUCCAGUCGUUCAUGAGUGGCCACGACAUGAAUGAGUGGCGCCUCCGGCUCCACCUGGCGGACUUUCUUGGCGUCUCGCCGGCUCUCGUCCACUGCCUGGGGGUCACUGCGGGCGCCGGCGAGGUCUUCGCUGCGGCGGCAUCGCCCUCGACCCUCAUGACUUUCACCGUCCACCCAGAAGCGCACCUCGACCGGCUCAAGUCACCGAUGCGGACGUCAUCGGAUGUGUCUUGUCCACCAGCCGCUGUAUCCGCAACGCCACACUGA